AUGGUGAAUCUCCACUCUCUGUCGGUGGCCGCAGCUGGUCUGUUGCUUCUGCCCUCAUCGCAGGCCGCCGGCCUCUACACAAAGAACUCGGGCGUUCUCAACCUCGAUUCCAGAACCUAUCGUUCGUUGGUUGCCAACUCGAACCACACCUCCAUUGUCGAAUUCUAUGCUCCAUGGUGUGGUCAUUGCCAGAGUCUGAAGCCUGCCUACGAAAAGGCUGCCAGAUCUCUCGACGGCCUUGCCAAAGUCGCUGCUGUCAACUGUGAUGAGGAAGAAAACAAAGCUUUCUGUGGUAGCAUGGGUGUCCAGGGCUUCCCCACCUUGAAGAUUGUCCGUCCCGGCAAGAAGGCCGGAAAGCCCUCAGUCGAGGACUACCAGGGUGCAAGAACUGCAAAGGCCAUUGUCGAAUCUGUCAAGGAGAAGAUCCCUAGUCAUGUCAAGAGAAUCACUGACAAGGACCUCGACGGCUGGCUGUCCGAGAACAACUCUUCGGCCAAGGCCAUUUUGUUCAGUGACAAGGGCGUCACCAGUGCUCUCCUCAAGGCUGUGGCUAUCGAUUUCUUGGGCUCAAUCUCAGUCGCUCAGAUCAGAAACAAGGAAGCUGCUGCCGUCUCUCUCUUCGGCGUUACCUCGUAUCCGACUCUUGUUCUGCUUCCUGGCGGCACUAAGGAUCCCAUUGCGUACUCGGGUGGCAUGAAGAAAGAGGCCAUCGUUUCCUUCUUGUCUCAGGCUGCCACCCCAAAUCCCGAUCCUGCUCCUUCGGCCAAAUCCAAGUCCAAGUCGAAGCCAAAGUCAAAGGAGUCAAAGGAGUCGUCAAAGGCCUCAUCUCAAUUCUCAAAGGCAUCGUCUUCACACCGCUCCGACGAAUCUGCCAGUAUUAAGGCUUCGCAGACAGCUGAGACUCUCGAAGACAACAGCAUCCCUACCGAAAGCCCCAACCCACAAGUCGUCACUGAUGAUGCCCAGAAGCCGAUCCAGGUUCCCGAUGUGCCUCCUCAAAUCACCACCCUUGAUACUCUCGAGUCCUUGCAGCAAAGUUGUCUUACCUCAAAGUCUGGCGUUUGCAUCUUAAUUCUUGCGCCAUCCGCAUUCAUCCAGACUACAGACUCACCCGUCUCGAAAGCUGUCAGCGCACUGUCGGAGAUUCAUCACAGAAACAGCAAGCGCGGAGCUAAGCAGUUUCCAUUCUACAACGUCCCGGCCUCAGCAUCUUCUGAGUUACGCUCAGCAUUGGGCCUCGCUGAUGACUCUCUCGAGAUUGUCGCUAUCAACGCUAAGAAAGCCUGGGUCAAGCGCUACUCGGGUACUUUCGAUAUCAGCCGCAACGCUAUCGAUGCUUGGGUUGACUCGAUCCGUAUGGGCGAAGGCAAGAAGGAGAAACUUUCCGAGAGUGUUAUCGUAGAGACUACCGAGAAGCAAACCCCACCGGUUGCGGAGAAGGCUGGCGAGAAGGUUGAUGUCACGAUGGAGGAGCUCACUGAUGAGCAGUACGAGCAGUUGAUGAAUGCUCACAAGAAUACCAAGGACUCGGAGAAUCACGAUGAACUUUAG